ACUUGUCAAUCACUUUUACUAAACUUUUAACUUUGUGUUCAUGAGAUAGAGGUUUAUACACUAGAUAAGUGCUAGUUGCCAGCUAAUGGGUUCCAAUUGAGUUCCAAUACACUAUGUACCUAUGUAUGUGUACAUAUUUAGAAGAAUACUGAGUUUUUGUAGCACGAUGCUUAAAAUACUCGAGGUCAUGAGGAAGAAGAGGUUUUUCCAGAAAACUGACCUACACAAGGUUCUUUUUAUCUAAGUGGAUUGGUUUUUCUUUUUUGUUUUGAUUUUUAGAUUGUCACAAAUUACAUAGUCUCUUCACUUAAAUGACUGACCGUCCCACUCCUAGAUUGUAAUCAAAGAUAAAUAAUGGGGGGCUGGCGUUGUUCAUAUCGCAAUUGCACAGUAAGAUCUGAUGGCAAAACACAUAUGUUUCAUUACCCAGUCUUUGACAAAGUGAGGUGCCAUCAAUGGCUCGUUAACGCAGGCCGAAUGGAUUUCUUUAAUUUGAAGGUGUCACAGUUGAAAAAUAGAGUUAUAUGCCAGCAUCAUUUUCCGGAGCAGCAAUUUAUGAACUUUAAGAGAGAUAAACUUACAUUUAAUGCAGUGCCUUCAUUAAGUGGCCCUUUUUGUGAUGUUGGUGAAAAUCAAAAUGAAAAUCUUGAAGAAACUACAAAUUCACUGUCUAUUAUAUUGGACGAUAUAGAAAAUAAUGAGCACAUGACUUUAAAAGACAAGAAGGCAAAUUACUCAGUCAAGUAUGCUGAUUUUUUGACAAGUAAUGAAUUAUCUGAUAUUGAUAUGUCUGCUUUUGUCCCAAAGCAUAAUGUGUUCAAUACAAUGGAAAAGAGUGAAACUGAAAUACCUUUGUCUAAAAAUGAUAAUUCAAUGGCACAUGAAAUAUUAGAAAUAUUAGGGAGAGAUGAUAAGGUGACAGUUUUCUCUCGUAAUAAGAAAUUGAAUUCAUCAGUGGAUAUGAUUGUGAACCAUAACAAAAUUAAACCAGAUAAUACAAAUAACUGUAAAGCACAACCAGUACUUGUUGUCCCACCUUACAAAACAAAUUUGAAUCAAAAGCAAAAUCAAAUAGAAGAAAACAUUUUAGAAAUAGAACUACCCCCAGGUUUCAUAAACAGUAAUUCUUUAUUAACAUAUAAUACUAAAAAUAAUAUUAGUCAGAUGUCUGAUACUUCUGAUGAAAAAGUAAAUCUAUCCUUGACAGCAAAACCAAUGAAUAGAGCAGCAAAAGUACAGAUUUUAUCAGAAAAAAGAAUUUCCGAACCUUUAACCUUUACUGGACAUCUAGAACCAGUGUCACCAUCAGCUGUUUUGCCUAUAUUACAAAAGAAACCAAAGUCUGUUUCCUUUGAAGGAUCUACUGAGAUUAUUUUGAAUAAUCAAGAAUUUCUGAUAGAGAUAGAUUCUAAAUCUGUUAAACAAGGUCAAAAUGAUGUGGCUUCUAAACAAAUAACCAAGAAACACAUAGUCAAGAAAUGUCAAAGUAAUCAUCAAGAUAACCAAGUAAAUUCUCCAAGCAGUUCACUCCUGAAAAAUAAAAUAACUCCCGAAAGAAUAGCUGCAAUUAAAGAAAAAAGAAAAUUCAAUAUGAAGUUGCGUGAUAUCAUAGAAUCUUUUCUUGAUAAGCUUGAUGAACAAGACAAAGAAAUAAAAGAGACUACAAUACAGAAUACAGAUAGUAGUUAUAAACAUUUCUCUAAAGAGUCAAAAUCAUCAGUUGAAGCUGAAAAAAAUACUAUUCAUACUUUAGAGGCGAGAAUCAAGAAAAUGGAAGAUGCUUUAUUAAGUAAAAUAGAUAGUAAUUCCCAACAGAUAUCGGAGCUUAAAAAUAUGGUUGUAGAAAACAAUAGAAAUAAUAAAUGUCAUGCUUCACCAAAUUUUGAGGACAAAGAAACUCAUAAGAAGCGUCUAUACCGAGAGAUAUCUCAAUAUUUAAGUCCCAUUGCAAAUAAUCUUAUUUAUGAAGAAUUAUUUAUUAAUAAAUAUGUUGAGGAUGUUCCCCAAGCGUCUACAGCUAAAAGAAGAAAGCGAAGAUUAUAAAAGGUAAUAAAUAAGUAAAACAAUGAUGAUACAGUUUUUGCUGGUUGUAAACUUUAGUUUAUUUUAACAAGGGAUUUUCCUGUGUUAUUUCCUCUAAAUAAACCAAUGAAUGCAUCGAUUGCAUUUUCGAAUCCAUGUACAAUAGUUUCUCGAUAUUUUAUUUUCCCUUCUCGUAUCCAUUUCAAGUUUUGUAAUACGCCUUCGAUUGUGCGAUCAGCAAAUCUAUUAACAAGAAAUCCAUGAAUCGAAAGUUGCUUUCCUACAAUUAAAGGCUGAAGUACAGUGGCUGAAAAAAUAAAACAAAGAUAAAAUUAUGUCAACACAAAUACAUAACUUAAGAUUGAUCUUAGGUUAUUAUGAUUAUUAUUAGUUUUAUUAGUUAGUUUUAUCUAUAUUGUUUGAAUUUGAAACUUAUAAUUUUGGCAUUCAAAAGCAGUUCCUUGUGUAGAGUUACUGUUACUACCUGUUCCUUAAAAAACAUUUUAGGCUUCAACAACAAAUAAAUAAAAACGUUCAUAUUAUGACUUAUUGGUACCUUUCAUUUUAUCUGGAUUAGUUUCAUUGUAUGUAGAGAUGGAACCGCAUACGGCGACUCUUCCAAAUUCAUUCAUUUUUGACAUUACAAUACUACUGACUUCACCACCCACAUUAUCAAAGUAACAAUCAACGCCUUUCGGCGCGUUUUGGUCAAGAUAUUUUCCCAAAUCCACUGUUUUGUAGUUAGCAGCAAAGUCAAAACCUAGUUCUUUGGUCAACCAUUCACACUUUUCAUCUGUUCCUGCGAAUCCGAUGACUCUACAUCC